AUGGAUCUUAACGUACUAAUAUUUCUGAUGAGCAUAUCGGUUUUCGCCAUCAUUGGAAUAAUUGGGAAUUCUCUCAUUAUUGCUGUAUAUUUAAAAACCAGAAGAAGCUUCUUUAACAGAACUUAUAUUGUGGCUCUCUCUAUAGUAGACCUGAUUGCAGAUUUGAUCAUAGCUCCCUAUACCGCUGUAUUCGAACUCCAACUCGUUACCAGUGACGUCAUCUGCCAUGGAAUGGAGGUCGUCAGACACACGGUUAUUGGGUUCUCUAACUUGAUUUUAAUCUUGAUUGCGUCAGAGCGACUUCUAAUGGUAUGGAAACCUACAAAAAUCAUAUCAGAAAGAAAUAAAAUAAUGGCUAUUCUGGUGCUUUUGGUUAUCUCCAUUUUCUCUGGACUUCCCUCUGGUGCAAUUUAUCAGGUUUCGGGCAAUGAGUUGAUUCCUAAUGGUAAUACAACAGAUGUUAGCAAUAAUACCGUGACUGUGAAAGAGGGAUUCUGCCAAUACACCACAAGUAUUUUGGGAGAAAACAUGAGCAUGAUGUACAGAAAUUUUCUUGCUUUUAUGAUUCUUUUGGAAUUUUUUAUUUUGAUCAUAGUAUAUGUGCUAGUGUAUGUACUAAUUUGUCGACAGAAAAUGAGAAUGAGACGUAUUGGGUCAUCCAGCGUGCUGAAAGCGAAUCAGAAAUCCAAAAAUAGUGAAACAAGCCAAACCUUGUCCAGUGUCCCAAACGAUCAAUCAGACUGCAAUUCAACGGAUGACAUGGGAUCUACACCGAAGUCACAACCAACAAAAGAUAAAGACAAGAAGUAUGCCACUGGAGAAAAUCUUAAUUAUCUCUUUAGAAAAAAUGUUUUCGCGGUAAAACUUGCUGAUUCCGACACUGAGUCAGGACCUGCAUCAGUAACUUUGACAAGAUUCACAACAAACAAAAUUAUCGAAGGCAAGCAAAUGAGAGCACUUAGUUUUGACACUGACACAACUGGUGUAGAUAGUGAACCGGAAAGGAUAAGUGUCAUACCACAUUAUAAAGAAGAGAGAACAGUGAAUCUUUCAAAUCAAUAUGUCUGUUUGAGUCACUGUAAAAAGGACUGA